AUGGCGGGCGAUACAGGUUCGGUGAACCUCUCUGUAGGUCACCGCUUGAAGCAGUUUAACAGCACGAUUCUGUUCAUCAUGCUGUACAUGUGCAGCUGCGCCUUCAACUUUGGUUACGACGUUGGCAACUUUGGAGGAGUCCAAGGCAUGCAGAGCUUCGGCAAGCGGUUCGGUCAAUGUGAUCCUACAACAGGCACCUGCAAACUUCCCCCGUGGUUGUCUUCUCUUAUGACGUCUUUGCCCUUCCUGGGUAAGGCUCUGGGUGCCAUUGCUUGUGGACCGAUUGCCGAGCGAUAUGGACGCAAGAUCGGUGUUCUUCUGCAGACAACUGCAAGGUCGAGUGCACAGUUCACCGUGGGCAGAUUUAUCAGCUUCGGCAUGACGGGAAUGACCAUCGUGGUUGUCCCGAUCUACCUGGCCGAGACCUCUCCCAAGGUUCUGCGUGGAAUGAUGACAUCUACGCUGCAGCUGAUGAUUGUUUUUGGCCAGCUGAUUGCCUCGUUGGUUACUUUUGGAACUCAGCACAUCUCUGGUGACAAAGGCUGGCAAAUUCCCGUUGGUCUUCAAUUCAUUGCUCCGGCAUUCAUUGUAGCACUGCUUCCUCUUGUUCCUGAAUCUCCGCGAUGGCUCCUAACCCGAAACCGAACUGAAGAGGCAAAAGUUUCCCUGCGAAGACUCUACAAGAACCACACCGAAGCCGAAAUUGAGCAGGAAAUUGACAUUCUCCGUCAUGCUCACUCUACGGAGGAAAAGGGCCCGUGGUCAGAGGUGUUCAACAAGGAAAACCGAAAGCGUACCAUGGUUGCUGUGAUUGCCAUGUUUGGCCAGCAGAUUACCGGACAGGCCUUCUCCAGCCAGUAUUCCGUUGUGUUCUACCAGUCUCAGGGCUACAAGAGCCAGGCUUUCCUAUUCAACAUCUUGAGCAACGUUACUGGCCUCGUCUGUCUCAUUGCUACUUGGUUUAUGAUUGACCAGGUUGGCAGACGCCCAAUGCUAAUGAUUGGUGGCUCGGGAAUGGCCAUCUUCCUGUUCAUUGUUGGCGGUGUUGGACUUGAGAAGCAUCCCAAUGACUCUGAGAGAGGAGCGUUAGUGGCUUCUUUCAUCUUAUUCACUUGCUCUUACAAUCUCUCAUGGGCGCCAGUGUCAUAUGUUGUGGUGUCCGAGGCGGCCUCUACUCGUGUCAAGGAAAAGACCAAUCUCUUUGCAUCCGUCAUUUCCAUCAUCACCACAUUUGUCACCUCGUUCACAAUCCCUUAUCUGCUCAACGCGCCGUAUGCCGCAUUGGGUGCUAAAGUUGGCUUUAUUUAUGGCUCCAUCAACUGGGUGAUGGUUGGUGUAGCCUACUUCUUUAUUCCUGAGAUGAAGGGACGAAGUCUCGAAGAAGUUGACGAACUUUUCGCAUCUGGAGAAUCCCUGCGAAAUUUCAGCAAAGCCAAGGUGACUCCUACAGCUACCUAUAUUGAGGAUACAGCCAGAAAGGAGCCGGGCUCUGGCGAGGCUUAG